AUGAAUUACAACAUUGGAGAAACUUCAAAUACUGAAAAUAACAUAUUGCCAUCAUCAUCUUCAGAUGAUGAUGACAAUAUGUUAUGGAUGUAUGAUCUAUUUUCAGUGGAAGAAGAUGCAAUGCAUUUUGUUAUUCAAAAUAAUAACAUGAUAUCAGAGUUAACCCUUACUCAUCUGAACAAUCGUUGCUCCCAUGGUGGCUCUAUUCCAGGGCAUGUUGUUAUCAAUCGUAACUGUGAAGAAGCAAAUCGCAAUUUGUGGAAUGAUUAUUUUUAGGAGAAUCCAUGAUACAAUGCUGAAAUGUUUCACCGAAGAUAUCGGAUGUCACGAAGUUUGUUUCUUUGCAUUGUUGAGGCAGUUAAGGACCAUGAUAGUUACUUCCAACAAUGCUGUGAUGGUCUAGGUCGACCUGGGUUAUCUAGUUUACAAAAAAUUACUGUUGUUUUUCGAAUGUUGGCAUAUGGUUUACUUGCUGAUGCUACAGACGAAUAUAUCAAAAUCGGUGAAUCAACUGCAAUUGAAAGCUUCAAAAGAUUUUGUCGAGCCAUCGUAGAAAUUUUCGCUGGGCAAUAUUUUAGAUCACCUAAUGCUAAUGAUAUUGCAAGACUCUUACACAUUGGAGAACAACGUGGCUUUCUAGGAAUGUUAGGAACACAAGGUAUUGCUCAUCCUGCUCAUUACGUUAUUCAAGCAAAUGAGUACCAUAUGGGAUAUUAUUUAGCUGAUAACAUAUGUCCAAAAUGGUCUACUAUUGUACAAACUAUUCAUCAACCACGAACUCCGAAGAAAAAAUAUUUUUCAAUGAGACAAGAAGCAUGCAGAAAAGACGUCGAGAGGGCAUUUGGUGUUCUACAAUCUCGUUUUGCAAUUGUGGCAGGACCAGCACGAUUUUGGAGGAAAAUUAUCUUAAACGACAUAAUGACUGUAUGCAUUAUUAUGCACAACAUGAUAGUCGAGGAUGAACAAGAUCUCAAUGCACCAAUCGUGGAUGUAAGUGAAGUGCCAACCCCAGUAGUUGAAUUGGUACAAGAUGAAGAUGCUCGAUUUGAACAAUUUCUUGAUCGUUAUAGGCAAAUUAAGGACAAAGACGCUCAUAUUGCACUUUGCAAUGCAUUGAUUGAACAUUUGUGGUUGCGCUAUGCAAAUAACGAAGAUAAUUAA